GGGCGUUACUUUAAAAUAGCGCGAGUAGCAGUAAACAGUUCAAGUGUCCCUGCUAAAAAAAACACCACACGCACGGGAGGAAUGAAAUAGUUGACAUAGUUUAAGUGUACCUUCGGAUGAGCGCUUUACGUUUAACCAUGCGUAGGGUGAAGAAUGAAGCUCUCGAAAUGGUGGAAAACGUGAAGCCGAAGCGGAAGAGGACGCGUGCAAAAGACGAAGAACCGUCAGGUGUUGCUUCGGCCUCCACGUACCAUAAGUUCCGUAGGCCUGCCGAAGUUAGCCGCCUGCGGACUCACCUCCUCAGCUGGUACGAGCUGGAGAAGAGAGAGCUGCCCUGGAGGACUCUGGCCCGAAUAGAGACUGAUGUCAACAUAAGAACUUAUGCGGUGUGGGUGUCAGAGAUCAUGCUGCAACAGACCCAAGUCGCCACAGUGAUAGACUACUACAAGAAAUGGUUGAAGCGUUGGCCCACAGUUUCGGAUCUUGCAGUUGCGACGCUAGAGGAGGUGAAUCAGAUGUGGGCGGGCCUUGGCUACUAUUCACGAGGGAAGCGUCUGCACGAAGGUGCUCAAAAGGUGGUGUCGGAGCUCGGGGGACGGAUGCCCGACACGGUGGACGAGCUGCUGAGACAACUACCAGGAGUGGGCCGCUACACUGCCGCGGCCGUCGGCUCCAUCGCGCUGGGCCAUGUUACGGGAGCCGUGGACGGCAACGUGAUCCGGGUGCUGUGUCGCAUGAGGGCCAUCGGGGCCGACUGCACAAGUCCUGCAGUCACAGAGGCACUUUGGGCCCUGGCGAACACGCUGGUGGACCCUGAGCGACCAGGGGACUUCAACCAGGCCAUGAUGGAGCUUGGGGCCCGAGUCUGCACCCCGAAGGGGCCGCUGUGCCAGCAGUGUCCUGUACGCGCUCACUGCCACUCUUACCUCAAGGCUCAUGCCAGACAAGAGCAGAAUUCCAGGAAGCCGUCGGGGUCAAAGGACACGAAGCCUCCAGCACUUCCCGAUAUCGAAGACUGCAGUGCCAGUGGAAUAUGCCCGCUGUGUCCAAGCGAGCCUUGGGACGAGGAGCUGGGGGUUCAGAACUUCCCGAGAAAGCCGGCCAAGAAGCCCCCCAGGGUGCAGCGAACCGUGACGUGUGUGCUGACUCGACAUGGAGAAGAAGGCGAGGAGGAGUUCCUGCUCAUGCAAAGGCCAAAUAAAGGGUUGCUGGCGGGCUUGUGGGAGUUUCCCAGUCUUCUGUUGGAAAAGGAGGACCAUUCCGACAAGAAACACCAGGCGGCACUGUGCGCCCACCUCGACGAGAUCCUGGGACCGUUGACUGAAAACUCCCUUCACUAUGUGGGAGAAGUGCUUCACGUCUUUUCGCACAUCCGGCAGACGUACGUGGUCCACACUUUGCGUGUGGGAGGCGGCGGCGGCGGCGGCGACCACGCGCGGCCGCGGACGGCGAACGUGCGGUGGGUCAGCAGGUCGGCGCUGCAGGAGGCCGCCGUGUCCACGGCGGUAAAAAAGAUUGUGAAGCUUUGUGACUCCGCGGGCCUUCCGAAGGAGCGGACCUCCCCGUAUGCGAAGAGGCAAAAGAAAAGACAACGCGGCACAAAGAAAGCCAAAGCCAGCGACAAGCAACUGUCGCUCACGUCUUUCUUCAGGACCACCAAGCAGGAACCCUGCUGAGUAUUUGACAUGCUGUAUUUGGACGGACUGCGCGGUACAGUUGAAUCGUGCGCCUAACAGUGAAGCCGGAAAAUAGUGACAGGCAGGGUUGCAAAUAAGUGUCUGGUUCAACUCGAGGGGUUUCGCAAAUACAGCGGAACCCCGCAUACUUGCAGUUUGGCACCGGCACAUUCACUUAGCCGCUGAUUUGCUGUAUUUUUUUCCUUCCAUUUUGAAUUUUCUUCCCC